AUGGACAUUUCUGGCAUGGAUGAGACGAGCGGUAACUCAAGUCACGAAUCCGAGCCACACUCCCCAACGUUUGACACACCAGCCCCUGUAGAAACAACCACCGACCCUGCUAGCACUACUACCUCUAUCUCAUCAACCAUCGCUCCUUCCGAAAAGCCCAAGCAUAUCAAGCUUCCCGCCGACACUACCGCUAUCCGAGCGCGUCUUGCUGCCAAGAUCGAGGCUCUUCGUGCUGCCCGAAAAGCAGAUGGCCCUGAUGGAAAGCCUAUUCGCACACGCCAAGAGCUUAUUGAGUCGAGACGAAAGAAGCAAGAGCAACGAAAAGCCCACAAGCAAGAGAUGCGUGCGCAAGCUAAGCUGGAAGAGCAACGCAAGCGCGAAGAGGCAUUGGUGUCUAACUCGCCCGGUAUUAUGAGCCCCGCUGUCGAGCUCGACGAGAAUGCUAGCAACUUUACCUUUGGUCGCGUUGCCUUCGGCGAUGGCGCUCAGCUCUCACGCGACCUCGGUCAUGUCCUGACCCAGGGAAAGAAGAAGGGGCCUUCGGAUCCCAAGACGGCCCUCAUCAAGGUUCAGAAUCAGAAGAAGCGUCUUGAGGAGCUCGAUCCUGAGAAGCGAGCCGAUAUUGCCGAGAAGGACGUCUGGCUGACAGCCCGCCGUCGCGCAGAGGGCGAGAAGAUUCGUGAUGAUGAAGCUCUCCUCAAGCGUGCUGUCAAGCGAAAGGAAGUUGCCAAGAAGAAGAGCGAGAAGGCGUGGCGCGAGCGAGUUGAUGGUGUCAAGCAAUCCCAAAAGGACCGCCAGCGCAAGCGAGAAGAGAACCUGCGCGCACGCCGCGACGAUAAGCUUCUAGGCAAGGCCGGUAAGAAGAAGAAGAAGGGUGGUGCCGCCGGUGCUAAGAAGAAGGGUCGUCCCGGCUUCGAGGGCACCAUGGGCGUUGGAGGUGGAAAGAAGGGUGGGAAGAAAUAA